UCAACUCAAAACGAGAAUCUGUCCGUGGAAGAGGGGUGAUUUGUCCUCCCUUUCGUUACUGUUGUUAACUUCCUCCUCCUUCCUUUUCACCCUUACAGUUCACUCACAGUUUCCCUUCCCUUGCUUUCUGUGUUCUUUCUCUCCCGUCCUCACGAGGAGGAGGACGAGAAGUAGGAAAGAUGAGCGAUCAAGAAGAUCUCGACUAUUACAUCAUGUUUCCAUCGUUUCCACCAUCCCCAAAGGAUCCAACAUUAACUACUGGUAGCCAGGAUCAACGCGAAGAAUUCGUAUUCGUCUACAAAGAGGAUAAACGGCCAGUGAUAAUAUUGCUAGGAUGGGCCGGCUGUCAAGACAAAUAUCUGGCCAAGUACAGCGCAAUUUAUGAGGAGAAAAGUUGCAUCACGCUACGAUACACAGCACCAGUAGAAUGCCUAUUUUGGCGAAGAGACAAAAUGCCUUACAUCGGCAAACGAUUAAUUCAAGUGAUAACCGACAAGAGUUUGGAUCAACAUCCGAUAUUCUUCCAUGUCUUCAGUAACGGCGGCGCGUUUUUAUACCAACAUGUAAGCCUUGCUAUGCAACAAGCUAACACACCGCUCAAGGUCAAAGGAGUGAUAUUUGAUAGCGCUCCAGGAGAAAGAAGAUUGACCGCUCUUUUCAAAGCAAUCAGUGCUAUCAUAGGAGGACAUCCUAUUACAAACAUACCGAUGUCCUUCUUUAUUACAAUUUUCUUGUCUAUACUUUGGUUUUUAGAGGUAAUCGCUCAUGCUCUUGGACGUGGUUAUCCAAUACAAACAAAUCCAAUUGGUCUUGCAGAAGAAUCCUAUUCUUGGCCUCAAUUAUUUCUCUACUCAAAUGCAGAUAAUUUAAUUCCAGCAUCAGACGUCGAAAAAUUUGCCAGUCGACGAGCAGAACGUGGUGUACGAGUACAACUGGUACUUUUCACAAAUUCUCCACACGUCAAACAUUAUGCUACCUAUCGUGAUGCUUACGUAAAUACAGUUUGUAGCUUCAUUCACGAAUGCUUGAUGUCACCAAAUUCUGAAUGUUUAGAAUUAUCGCAGAAUCACAGCAUAGAGAAUAAUUCUCAAAAUUAUAUCACUAUGCCAAGUCUUACUAAAAGAGUUGUACUACCUCACGAAGCUACCAAACUAAAUUAAAGAAAAAUAAAAAAAUGAUUAAUAAUAGAAUAACAAUAUGAUCAAUGAAAGAAUCAUAUUUCGUACAAUUUUGCAUGUACGAUUAUAUGCGAACAAAAAUGGAUAAACUGGAAGGCUAAGAGGAUCGGCAUAUUGUUUGUUUAUUAUUUUCGAUAUAUGAAUAUUAUUAAUAUAUUUGAAUAUGUUAAUAUAAGAUUAUCUAGAAAGUCUUGAUUAUAUCAGCGUUGAAUCUUGAUUAUUUCUUAAA